AUGGAGGAGGAGUUGUUGAUUAACGACGAGAGGCUAACUCGGAGUGAGUCGUCCGAGAGAAAGCGAGUUAGGGACGAUUCCGACGACGCGGUUGUUGACUCACCGGACGUGAAGAGGCUGAGAGAUGAUUUAUUCGAUGUUCUCGAUGACUCGGAUCCUGAACCGGUGAGUCAGGAUCUCGACUCGGUUAUGAAGAGCUUCGAGGACGAGUUGUCUGCUGCUUCUCCGACGGUCACCACGGCGGCGCAAGACUCCGGAGAAACUCAGCCGGAUCUCGGUUAUCUAUUUGAGGCUUCCGAUGAUGAGCUUGGCUUGCCACCGCCUCCAUCGGUUUCUCCGAUUCCCAUCGCGAAGGAGGAGGAAACGACGGAUUUGGUUCGAGCAUCGUCGGAUUCUUCCGGAAUCGAUGAGCUAUGGGGGUUUGAGGAUCACGUGUCGAAUUACGAUCCUUUAGAUUUGGGCUCCGGCGUCGUAGAAGGUGGAGAUUACGUUACCGUUGAAGGAAUUUUCGAAUUUCCCGACGAUUGUUUUGAUUCCGGCGAUCUAUUUUCAUGGCGGUCAGAGUUUUUACCGGCGGAAUAA